GUUAUGGUGAUAUUACACGAUGAAGAAUAUUAUAAAAGUCGAAUACCAAAACCCGAUUUGGGACCUCUUGGAAAUUUCUUGAGAUUUAUCUGGGACAAAGAUCGAAAAGCAUUCCUCGACAGAACAGCAAAGGAAUGGGGUCAACUAGGAAUAUUUUACUUGUGCUUCUACACCGUUUUGGGAUUAAUAUUUGCCAUACAAAUGAAGGUCAGCAUAGAUUAUGUUUCUAAAUUGGAUAAACCGUUUUUUCAAUAUUCUGGUCUAACCUCGAGGUCUCUUUUUGGAACGAGCAUGCGCCUUUCCCGUUCAGCAUUUGCUAGUCCAGGAAUAGUUUUUAAACCAAACAGCAUAUCGACUGCAUCACCCAUCAUUUCAGUGAGUAACAUGACUAGCAGAACUAGAUCAGAAAGACAUAUUCAAGCCUUGUCUGAUUUUCUAGGAGAGUACCACAAAAGCUUGUCAAACUAUGAUUUAGAUUGUCAUAAUGAACAUUCAAGUUCGAAUCACAGUGAAAAGCCUUGCUAUUUUGACAUAGAACUCCUUGGAAAAUGUAGUAAACCCCCGUAUGGAUAUACGAAACCACUACAACCUUGUGUUCUUAUUAAAUUUAAUAAGAGAUUCGAUUGGACACCUGAAUAUUACAAUCAUUCGUCGACACUGCCGCAGAGUAUGCCAACUAGAUUGAAAAAAGCCAUACACGAAUCUCGAAAGUCUAACGUUUGGUUGUCGUGUGACGGAGCAAAUAACGUCGAUAAGGAUCACAUAGGAGAAAUAGAGUAUAUACCCAGUCCUGGAUUCCCAAUUCAGUUUUUCCCAUUUACCGGGCAAUCAGGUUACCUAUCUCCUGUCGUUGCAUUAAAAUUCAAAAAUUUAACACCAAAUAUACUGGUGACAGUGGAAUGUCAACUAUGGGCUUUUAAUAUAGAGCAACGUUCUCGUAACGCGUUAGAUUUCCAAAUAAUAAUAGGUAAAAUCAGAUAAAUAUAUAUCUUAACUUAUUUUCUAACGAUUUAGUUACACUA